UCUCUUUUGUUUCUGAGAGGAUGAGCAGCAGCAGUGAGCUCGUGCAAGAUCAAGCGACCAAUGCUGAAAUCAACAGCGAGAUGCAGAAGCGCAUUGCGCAGAAGCGAGCCGAGAUUGACGAGAACAACCAGCGCGAGUUUACUGCUCCAGCACGACCAGGCGAUGCGACGUGUGCGCGUGUCGGAGCUGCUGACAUCCAGAGGCAUCGUAAUCUGGACACGGGCGCAUUGAGCAGCAGCCACGUCCCGGCGGUACGCAUGGACAAUGUGGUCGGUACGUACUUGCUGCCACACGGCGUCGAAGAGCGCGUCGCAAGUCUGGAGGCCCACCUUGGCAUGGAGAAUCGCAAGCUGCCACUCAAUUUCAUGGCUCGUAUCAAGGAGAUUGAAGAUAGAAUUCUCGCGUUGGAGCGCAUUGAUCCAGACUACUUUAUUGCUCGUGUGGCUGUGGCCAAGCAAAUCACGGCACAUCCUAACUUGGCGUCAUUCGCUUCGCGAGAAGCAGCAGAGGCUGCAUCUGCGACCUCGGCAACCACAAAACGCCCAGCCGACGAGACUCUUGACUCUACCGACUCCAUCGAGUCCCGGAUCAAAGAACUGACACAGACCCUUCGAGACAAGAAGCAGAAGCGGACCAAGGUCGAUUCCACCAAGUGAACAGUCCACAACCAACAAAAUUAUCGGGAGGUGCCUGUCCCAAUGGCAUCUUGGUCAAGAGACAUCCCGUCGAGGUUCGCUUGGUUCUCGAAUGGACUGCAGGUCUUGUAGUGCUUGCAGCGUGAGUUUGAUGUUGGCCUUGAUUUUGGCCGAUUCUGCUGCAAGCGCCUCGGUCGACCUGCCGAUGGCAAAAUGCAAAAAAAGCCAGUCAGACAACAACUACAAUGGCGUAUUGCGUGGGCAUGGAUGACGCCACUGGUUACAGCAUCAAACAUGAACGAUGUCGAACGAAACUUAACUUGUCCAAUUGUGCUGUCUUGCGUUCAAUAAAUACCAGAGCCUCGGGAAUGGA